AUAGACGCUGUGGUCACAGCCACAUGGGCCCUCCUGACCACCGAUCACUUCACUGUGUGGAGAGGGGGAAGGAGGAGACCCCCGCCAGAUCCCUGCUAUUGGUCUGUCUGUACUGACGGACCAAUAGCAGCGAUCGCCGGCCGGGGACUGUUGCGAUUGGUCCCACAGCCGAGCUCAAUAAACUGUCACAGCGCCCGGCGGCUGUUUAUUUCCAUGAGGUACAUGUACCUGAUGUUGCGGAAAGUCACUGCUAUUUUACGUAAACGGGUUAAAAAAUAAAGACUUCUGUAUCUGCACUUUACCUGCGCUGGACUUCUGCUUUUCUGGUUUCCAUUUGGGUGGGUGCUGCCCAACACCAUCCGCGAUGCAGAGGGAUUAUCGGAAUGCUGUACGACGAGCCCGACAUCCUCAAACCACAGAGAAGAGACGUGCUAACAGUAUCUCCUUGGAUGGCCCCAAUUGUCUGGCAAGGAACCUUCAAUAAAGAUCUACUCAAUGCUCAAUUUCAUCAGAUCGAUGUCCGUGUUGGUCUUACAGUAUUUGCCAUAAAAAAAUACGUCAGGUUCCUUAAUAAAUUUAUCGAGUCGGCUGAGAAGUUCUUCAUGGUUGGACACAAGGUCAAUUAUUAUGUGUUCACAGAUCGGGCCAAUGAGAUUUCUAAUUUCACCCUCGCCGAAGGUAGACAACUGGUCAUCUUGGAGGUUCCGGCCUAUGAAAGGUGGCAGGAUGUCUCCAUGAGACGUAUGGAGAUGAUCCGAGACUUCUCCAUUAAGCGCUUUGUCAAUGAGGUGGAUUACUUGGCGUGUGUAGAUGUGGACAUGGUGUUCUUGGAUUACGUUGGGGUAGAAAUCUUAAGCAAAGUUUUUGGAGCUUUACAUCCUGGAUUCUUCGAUAAAACCCGAAGAGAAUUCACCUACGAGCGCAGGCCACAGUCCAGCGCCUACAUACCAUUUGAAGCUGGAGAUUUUUACUAUGCAGGUGGAUAUUUUGGAGGUGUAAUAGAAGAGGUCGUCAGGUUGACCAACUACUGUCACCAGGCAAUGAUGGCCGACAAGCAGAAAAAUAUGGAGGCGCUCUGGCAUGACGAGAGUUAUUUAAAUAAGUAUUUUCUGUUACAUAAACCGACCAAAAUCCUGUCACCGGAAUAUAUAUGGAACAAUUAUUACGGAUCUCCGGCUGCUGUACAGACCAAAAGGUUCCUUGGUGUAGACAAAAAUUACGAAGAGGUCAGAUUUUAAGAAUGGUUUGAAGGGGCACAAAAACAAAAAAAAAAAUGGCCCAAUCUUAUGAAGAAAGACAAGGAUGGUGUUCUCCAUGUAUGUAGGGUGUAAGGACAUGGGCCAUUAGUGUUGGUAAGAUCUGGCCCUCUGUGGGCUCUUUUAAACUUGGGCCCUUCACAUGGGCCAAAGCAAGAAUGUGACAUUGCCAAAAUUACAGAUCAAGUAAUUCCAUGUAUGUAAAUUAAAUGUGUCAACAGAUAAACAAACGUUCCAACAAAUGGAUACAGCAGAUAAAUAUGUAAUUUAUUUUAUACAUGCAAAGCAAAGAGGCUCAAUGUAGUGAUAAAUCAUAUAAACCCUAUAAAUAGGUACAUUCACCAAACUACAAAAACAACUAAAUCUGUAAUAUAAUCUAUACAUGCAAAAAAAAGACACAACAUAGUGAUAAAUUAUACAAACCCAUAGGUUCUACACAUUAACCCCUUAAGGACUCAGGGUUUUUUCAUUUUUUCAUUUGACAUUUUUCCUCCUUACCUUUAAAAAAUCAUAACUCUUUCAGUUUUUCACCUAAAAUUCUAUGUGACAGCUUAUUUUUUGCGCCACCAAUUCUACUUUGUAGUGACAUCAGUCAAUUUACCCAAAAAUGUACAGAAAAACGGGAAAAAAAAUCAUUGUGCGACAAAAUUGAAGAAAAAACACUAUUUUGUUACUUUUGGGGGCUUCCGUUUAUACGCAGUACAUUUUUCUGUAAAAAUGACACCUUAUAUUUAUUCUGUAGGUUCAAACGGUUAAAAUGAUACCCUACUUGUAUACUUUUGAUUUUGUCGUACUUCUGAAAAAAAUCAUAACUAGAAGCAGUAAAAUUUAUAUGUUAAAAAUUGUCAUUUUCUGACCCCUAUAACUUUUUUCUUUUUAUGGGGAUGGGAUGGUGUGAGGGCUCAUUUUUUGCACCGUGAUCUAUAGUUUUUAUCGGUACCAUUUUUGUUUUGAUCGUACUUUUUGAUCACUUUUUAUACAUUUUUUUAUGGUUUGAAAUGUGACCAAAAAUAAGCUAUUUUGGACUUUGGAUUUUUUUUGCACGUACGCCAUUGAUCGUGCGGCUUAUUUAAUUAUAUAAUUUUAUAGUUUGGACAUUUAGG